AUGAACAGCACCAGUCCUCUCUUCGUGGCCCAGGAGGCCCUGUGCUUCUACCCCAUCAGCACAAUCUACGACUCAUGUCCACGAUACCUGUUCUACGCCCUCCUCGCAGCCAGUUGUCUCACGCGCUGGACAGGCUGGCUAGCGGACGUCUUUCUAGGGGCCGCAGCAACAUACGCAGGCACAGCAGCCAUCGAAGCAUUCAUCCUUGUUUCGAGCCCGCAGAAAUUCGCCGCGCCUGCGAACGUCACGAUCCCAUACGUGCCCGACAACACGACCCUCUGGAAUGACUUCCCCCAGCUCGUCACGGAGACGACCGAGGUCCCAAUCCAGCCCGGUGCCGUCGAGCUGGAUGGCGAUGCCGUGUUGGCGAUUGUUGUUACAGGAUACCUCGUCUUUCUCCCCUUGCAAUGCUGGUCUCGCGUGUUGACGAACGAGCGAGCCCGAAACCUCCUCUUCUACCUGUGGAACUUCCUCAUGCUGGCGGGUGGAAUCUGUGCCCUCGUGUACUCUCACCAAAAGUCCAAGACACCGUUGCAGUUCAUGUUCUGCUAUCCUGACAUUCCACCUUUCGAUGAGACAUCUAGCGACGGCUGGCAGGCCUCAUGGAGGCCGUCAACCUGGAACGAGAGUGUCUGGGGCACAUUCUCGAAUGUCACUCGUUUCGGAGAACUGGGCGACAUCUGUUUCAACCCUUGCUUCAAUUCAAGUCAAAUUCUGCGACAGCCUUCAAAUCUACAGUCCUGGGCUGCUACGCGUGACUCGGAGCUUUCACACCCAAAGAAGUUUAUUGACAAGAUCAUCUAUUCGAAGCGGUAUAUUUACAGCCUGGUCAUCCUCUGCGUCCUUCUCAACUUUGUCCAUCUCACGUUCAAAUGGCUCCCAUACAAGUCGCACAUUCCAUCAGCGCAAAUUAUCAUCAUCUGGCAAGACCGCAAGACAAUAUGGGAAAGUCUGAAGGGAGAUUUACGAGAAGCACUGUCGACAUCCUCAUCAGAGCUUCUGGCGCAAAAGGAAUCAAGAGCCUCGUUGCCAACAAACAAGUCCAGCUGGACCCGCGUCAGAGCUGCAUCGACACCUCGCUUCAUGAAAGCACUGCUCUUUGUCAUUUUGGACUGCGCAAUUCUUUUCGGCCUCGUGUUCAGCAUGAUCAUUAGCCCGUUUACAAUCUGCGCCUUCGUCGUUUGGAUUGAAUGGUGGAUCCACAAUGACGGCCCACAACAGGAGAACCCACAGCAAGUCGGCCAGUGGUCUUACCUGGUUGGCAUUGCCUUGUUGAUUGUGUCAGCGGGUGUUCUGACUUUGAAAUAUCGAAUAGCAUCUGUCAAUGAGCUGGACGUUGAGAUUUCCAAUACUCGCGAGAACCUAGCGAAGCUGGAACGGAUAAGAGAAGCCCGAUCGCCGGCAGAGACUGUGUCUCUGGCUGGCUCUGCUGAGGCGGAAGUGUCAUGA